CCAUCUUGAAACAAGAACUAGCGCAACAUCGCAACGGCGUUGCGAUCCAAGAUGUCCGCAAUUUUGCGUUAGGAAGCGUACUUUUGGCUGUCAAUAUUUCGAAAGUUUGACGCCAUAGAAAAAACCUAAAGCCAACUAGGUAUACGUAUAAACAAUUUACUUGUUCAUAAAAUAAAGGUGGCGUGCUAUGAUACCUAUGAGAAGUGUACAUUCUCGUUAUACAUGGUGGUACUUAUGUGACGGUGUGUUUCGUGUUUGUGACUAUCACGCAAACUGAAAGUCGAAAUUGGGAAAAAAUAAGCAAACUAUGUUGAUUUUGUCUGAACCAUAGAUAUUAUACUUGUGUAGCUGAAAUCAACAUAGAUGUAGAGAGUUCAGGCCCAUUGCAACUUAGCAAAAUGUCAAGUGAUAGCGAUCGGGUGCCAAAGCCAUCCAAGCGCAGAAGAAUAAUAAUACCAGAGAGUGAAAGUAGCAACGAAUCCAUUGUGUUCCAGACCCAUCGCAGACGUAAAGUAUAUAGGGUUGUAAGUGAAGCUGAAAGCAGUGAGGAAGAUAGUGAUGUUCCAAGGCCUGUAAUCAGGAGAAAAAAUUAUAAGGUUGUUAGUGAAGAUGAUAGAAGUUAUGAUAGCAAUGCUUCAGAAGCAGCUGAGAGUGAGACUAGUUCAGAAUGGCAAUCUGAUUGGGAUAGUAUGGAUGAAUUAGAAGAAGAAAAGGAAGCGAGCCCUUUGAAAUCUAAACUAAAAAAGAAAAGGAUCAAGCCAAUCGACAGCCCCGAAUUGGCCACAACAUCAGGCGCCGGUUUCGAAUCUGAUAGCAGUGAUGGACAAUCGGAAAAGUGUCCGAUUUGUUUAUUGUCUUUCAAAAAACAACAACUUGGAACACCCUCUUCCUGUGACCAUUGUUUCUGCCUGGAUUGCCUCAUAGAAUGGAGCAAAAAUAUCAACACGUGUCCUGUAGAUCGUCAAGCUUUUACGGUGAUUCACGUAAAAAGUAAAGUUGAUGGCAAAGUAUUGAAACACAUACCGAUCGAAAUCAAACCACGAAUAGAAGAUCAAAUUCAAGAAGACCCCACUUAUUGCGAAAUUUGCCAGCAGUGUGAUCGGGAAGAUCGCAUGCUGCUAUGCGACGGAUGCGAUUUGGGUUAUCAUCUAGAAUGUCUAACACCGCAAAUGGAGCAAGUUCCAAUGGACGAGUGGUACUGCCCUGAGUGUUCUCAAAAUAGUCAAAAUGAUGCUGAGAUGGUUGAAAUAGACCUCGACGAAAUACCGGAUCUCAUGGAGGAAGCACGUCGACUCGGUGUAUCUUAUGGACGUACUCGUACCGGUCAUCCUCACGAGAAUGGUCCUUCAUCAAUUCCCCGUGUUAUACCGCGUACACGACAAACGGAACGUGUCCGCGCAAAUAUCCGUGCCGAUCGCACUCGUGCACGUGAAGUUCAAAAUCGUGAAGUACGUGAACGCGCGCUGGUAUUCGAUCCCGAUCAGCCGUCGACCUCGUCGGGGAUCGACUCGAUCGGCCGUAACAGUCCUAGUCAUUCGCGCGACAGUAAUAGAAGUUCUACGGAAACGAGGGUUGGUCCAUCUGUAUCCUCAUCUACUUCGUUGCGCGCCGGUACUAGAACGAAGCGUGGUGUAAAACAAAAGAAAACAAAAAAGCAAAAAGUUAAAAGUAGAGGUAAAACACUAGUUCGCGAAGUGCGCUUUACCGAGAUCAAUGACGACGGCGAGGAGGAAGAAAUCGUCACGUACGUGAAAGUGGCGGUGCCAUCAGCCUCGUCGUCGAGACGCAAACGAAAGAAGAAGGGCUCGAAAAAGCCGCGCAAGAUGAGAAAAAACAGACGCCGUGCACGCACUGUCUCUUCGGUUUCAAUCCAAACUGUAAAAAAACGUUUGGCAAAGACACUAGGCAUGCACAAACCGCUUCGAGAUGUUCCGCUACUCGUACCCACAAUGAAGAAUACUCUACCAAUCUCUGGUCGAUCUUCCCUCGUCAAUUCCAGAUAUCAAUCAGGAAUUUCGCAAGUCAACCUUUUUGGAAACAAUCUCAGUUUAGACUACAGCCCGCCUGGGUCCGACGAAGAAUUCGAUAGUGCUGUUGGGAAUGGCCCAAUAGUUAGUGCACAUCCGCGGUCGGCAGUAUCUGCGACCAGACGACGAAUUGAAAGGCUGAAAGGCAUCGCCAACCCGCUUGAUCGUACUGACCAGCCAGGUGUUAUCGAUUUGGUUGGGAGUAUCAUUAGUAGUCAGGAGCUCUGGCAUUCGAAGAUGUCCGAUAUGACUCUCAAGGCGGAUGGUACGUUGCUUGUAAAGAAUGAGAACAAAGAAAACAAGCACAGCAUCAACAACAAUGAGAGUCCUAUCAAGGAGAAGAAGGAAAUUAUCCAAGAAAAGGAAAUCACCCCAAAAAGCGAAAGACCUCUAGACUUAACAAAUGUCAAUCCCAGCGACAUAAUUCAGGCUCCUAUGUACAACAAUUCUCGAGGCGGCGGAAACAGAGGAAACUUUCGUGGAGGCUAUCGAGAUGGUGGCCACCACAGCCACGGUGGACAAGGAUACGGUGGAAGAGAUUCUUACGCAGGCGGUGGAAGACACAGUUACGGGGGUCCUGGACCCAGGGAUAAUUUUGGUGGCCGAGAUUUCGGACCUCCUGUCAAUUAUAAUCCCAACUUCGAACACCGUGGACCACCACCAUUCAAUGGUAGCCCUCCAUUUAGAAAUCGUAAUCCUCAACAUUUUCGUAAUGAGCGACCACGUCUUCCUCCUACCGAUCGACCUCCAUUCCCUCUCAUGGAUGGCGCAGAAAGACUUCCUUUUCAUUAUCCUGAACGCUUUCCAAGACCUAGGGGACCUUUGAAUGUACCUGGUCCACCGAUGGGAAUGAUGCCAAAUCCCUCGGUACCAAUGGGCAUCCGUCCGCCACCAAUUCAAAAUAAUAUACCCCCUAAUUAUCAUGAUGAUUUCUCGAGAAACUUUUCUGAUGAUCAGAGAGAAUCAUUUAGCUCACACGUCACUCCUGAAUCUAUGGGACCACCUCAAAAUCCGCAGGAUGAAGAAGAAUGUGAUAUUUAUUGUGAUAUCGAGACACCUAACAAAUCAGAUAGUGACGCUCGUGAGGAGAGUCAAAAUGACAGCGCGAUUGCCUUGCUACCACCACCGGAGCCACCAUCUGGUUUACUUGAUUUUGAAGGAAACUCAGCAAGCGAAAAAGACAACGAUAGCGAUCAAGAAUUAGUCAUUGACGACACUCCGAAAGAAGAUACCUCUAAGGAAUUGAAAAGUGAUGACAAGUAUGAUCCGUUUGCAGCUGAUAGCGACAGCAAUGAGAGCUCCCAUGGUAACAAGGCACCCAUCGAUAAACCUGAAACUUGUUCAGAUAAUAAUGACAUACCGAUACCUUUAGAACCUCCGCCAUUGCCUGCAAAUUUUCCAGCCCUGAAUGUUGUGAAUCAAGCUGUAAAACAAGCCAUUGAGGAAAAUAUCAAACCUGUUGUUCGCCUUACGGCCUAUGACGAUGACGAUGAUGAAGACUCCCAAGCUGAUUGUCCAAAUUUUUCAAUUUAUUCUUCAGAGACGAUGGAUGUAGUACGACAUACGGAGCAAGAAUUGUCUCAACAGAUAGGACCUCUACAACCUCCACCAUUGCCGCCGGAUAUGCCGGACGAUGAUGACAUUAUUGUAGGAGAUGUUCAACCUUGCGACUUGGCUGAUAUUCCUGAACCUUCUGAUCCUUAUGUUGAAGCAUUACAAAAGGAGAGACAAACACUCAGCAGGAUACCACCUAAAAAAAUAUCCAACGACAGCAGAGGAAAAAUCACGUUCAAGAUUGGGAAUAAAUUGAAGCUCAAUAACAAAUUAAGUAAUUUAUAUGACGAACUUGAUGAAAAUAUUGAGAGUACGAUUGAGCAAGAGAAGCAAAUGGAAGACAAAAUGUCGAGAGACGCUAAACAAAAUAAUAAAAAACCAAUCGAAUCUGAUCUUGAGAAGUCAGAAAAAGUAUCAAUCGAAAUAAGCACAGAUAAAGAUAAAAGCGGCACGCUAAAUAAAAGUGAGAUACCCAAUGAAAGUGAUAAUAAAUCGGACGAAGAGGAUGAAGAGAAACUGCAAGAUCUUGAGAAACAACUUAAGGAAAAGGAAAGAAAGUUGCGUGAAAUAGAACAACAAGAAGAAAUGGAAAAGCAGAUGGAUAACCAAUCGCCUUUGAAGGUUAGGGAAGCUCUUCUUGAAGAAGAAUUGGAAAAUGAAAUGUCAUCGAAGAUGAAGAACGAUAACAAGCGUAACAAUUCUUCGCUGACAGAUAGUAGUCAGAAUAAUAAUGCAGACUCUUGCCUCGAAAAAGAUACAGCUUCGAAAGAAUGCUCUUCGACCGAAAGUAAAUGUAUUGUAUCUACGAUAGACUUAACUGAAAAAAGUUCAGACACUAUUAUUUCAAUUGCGGAUACAAUCCAAAUGUCGCCUAAGAAUACUGACAAUGAUGCGACAUGUGCAGAUCAUCAUUCAGGUGAAAAUCGUGAGAGCGAUGAAGCUAGAACCAGUCCUAGUGAAUGCGGUUCUGGCACUAGAGAACCGGAUAAUUGGGAUCAAUUGUCAAGUUCUAAAGGACAUUUUCGUAACAAGUCUAAAUCCCCCAUUAAAUUUACUAACGAGGAAAAUGACUUUGCUGAAGGUUCACGAAGACUUAGCGACUGUGAAGAUAAAAGUAGCGAAAAGGGCAGUAGGGCUAAGACUGCUAGUGAAAGUGAAGAUUUAGACAAUUCUGAUCCAAUUCGAGAAAAGGGAAGUUCCAGUUUUGAUGCUGAUGACGAUUCUGAAAAUUUUCCACUCGAAAAAGAUAAGACGGAUAUUUGUACGGACCUUAAACGUAAUAUAGAGCCCAGCGCUUGGGAAUCCGAUGGUGCUUACACUCCUUGCAAGGAUGAAUUACCAGUGAAGGGACAAGACGUACCUCGAGAAUCUUUAUCUCCAUUUGAAAGUGGUUUGGAACCCAUUACACCAACGAAAGAUAAAGUGACUGAUGAUUUAGAUGGUUGCAGAACACCAGCCGGAUAUGCUGGUUUAGGUACAGAAGCCAUAUCUGAGACAGAUGAGCCCAUGAAUUUCGAGGACGAAUUGGCAUUGUUAACUAUGCGAAAGGAGAAGGAAAUGGAAGAGGGUGAGAUAAUGGACGAGAGUAAAUCGAAUAAGAAAGUACUUGAUAAAGUCAAGUUAGUACUUGAGAAAGAGGACGAUAGUAAAAAGAAAAAGAAAAAAGAUAAAAAGGAGAAGGGUAAGGACGCUGAUAAAAAUAAAGAGAAUAUUGCAACGGAGAAUCAAGUCGCAUGGAAGAAAAUUUCGAAGAGCACGAAGGAAAGGCAAUAUCGUGACAAGGAUAGACGAUCAAAAUCAAAAGAUAAAGAAAAGGAGAAAGAGAAAGAGAAAGAAAAGGAGAAACAAAAAAAGAAACCGAAGGAAGUAGUUAAGAAAAAAGAGAAGAGGAAAGAAUUGCCCAGAUACGAUGUUAGAAAAAUUGUUGCCGAAAAACCUCCAAGACCAAGGAAGGAUGAGUACGGUCGUGACAUCAGAGAAGAUUCGAGAAGUAGAUCUAAGAGUAGAAGCCUUUCACAUAGAAGAUCAACCUCGAGAGAUCGUAGAAGUCGUUCAUAUUCGAGAAUGCGAUCGCGAAGUCGAUCUCGCUCCAGAGUACGUAGAUCUUGGUCCAAAGACCGGCAAUCACACUCCAGACCGUGUAGAUCAUUGUCACGAAGAAGAUCAAUAUCUCGAUUAAGACGGAAAUCACCUAGAAGAAGAUCAAGCUCUAAACGUAGAUCUUUGUCGAGAAAGCGAUCUGUAUCCAGAAGACGAUCAAGAUCUUUAUCGCGAAGAAGAAGAUCACUCUCACCGCGACGUAGGUCCGGUAGAAGAUCACUUUCACGGAAGCGAAGAACAAGAUCCAGAUCUCGAGAAAAGAGAAAAGACAAGUCAAAGAAACGCAAAUCCAGGAGUCGAUCAAGAAAUCGUAAGAAUUCACGAUCAAAGAGUCCGAAGAAGGCAUCUUCAAGAUCACGGGAAAAGAAACACACGAAGAGGAAACGCGUGAGCAGAUCAAGAUCCAAAGAAAGGUCAUCUUCCAGAGAAAGAGAUCGUAAUAGGAAUUGGGAUCAAGUAAAUGAGAAACCAGUGGAGCGUGAACGAAAUUUAUCGAGAGAAAGAGAAGAGCGUAGAUCAUGGAGUGCCCAAUGGACUCCAUCAUGGUCUAGAUCACGAUCAAAAUCUCCCUCAGCUGCUCAACAUGAUGAAAUUGCUUCCCACACCUGGUCGCCACCACCAGUACUUGAUAAUGUGGCAGUACCUCCUAAAAAUUUGACUGUCAUUCUCACGAAUAAAGAAGCCAUCAAAAAGAAGAAGAAAGAAAAGCGAAAAGAGAGCAAAAAAUCAAGGGAGACUGAGAAACGUAAGAAAAAUAAAAGAAAUCGUACCCCACCACCUUCGAAGGAGGUUUUCGCCAGUGGAGAUAAUAUCUUAGUAAGCGUAUGCUUCAAUAAAGACAAUGAGACGAAUCAGCCAGAAUUACCUGAAAUCCCAGAAACAUUACCACUUCUGGUACCAACGAAACGUAAGAGAAGAGAACCAGUGCACGUGGAACCGCCGAAAAGGCCGAAGAAAGACAAAACGAAGGACAAGAGAUCUAAAUCUCCCAAAGCGAAAAAAGAGAAAAAGAAAAAAUCUAAAGCUGCCGAAAUUGCCGCAACGAAGAAACCUGUGGCAGUCAUAGAUCUAGAUCAAUCUCCAUUCAGAGAACAAACUCCGUCACCACGUGAUGUCAUUGUGCUGAGUGACGACGACGACAAGCAAGUUCAAGAAAGUGCUACCCCCGAACAACGUCCUUCUUCACAAGCAACGCCGCAACACGAGCAAUUUGUAUCCCAAGGUCCUAAAACUCCACCGGAGCCACAAGUUAAGUUCUCCAUAACCAAACAAACGAGCAACUUAAGAACUUCCAUGAUCAAUCCUCUUCACGAGGAGGAAGAGGAAGAAGAGGAAGAGAUAGACGAAAGAGCAGAAGAAGAAUUAGAGAUGAGAGCUCAGGAGGAAUUAGAAUUGCGGUUAAAAGUCGGUCCCAAUACACCCCCUGAACCACCAUCUUCACCACCUACCUCUCCCGAUGUCUAUGAUCCCUUUGACCCCACAAAAUCUAGGUCACCAACCCCAGUCGCCAGUCAAGAAGCCACUCCCACUGACGAAAGGGAUAGAAGUCAACGGAAUUCACCAAGAAAACACGAUGCAACUGACACACCAUUGAUGCCGAGCGAACCGGUUCAGCAACUAGAUCAACCAAAUCAGGAGAAACAAGUUGAGAAACCAAAGAUUAUAUCGAUGGUCACGAUUAAGAGAGCAUCCCCUAAAAGAGACUCAUCACCUGCAGCAGAUAAUCAGACUGAAGCUUCACAACCGGCUGAUAGUCCAUCAAAAUCACAACCGAAUCAGCAAAACGCUCAGUCGGCAGCUAAUUCUUUUACAACCAUUAAUCCUGUAUUGGCAACUGUUGCUGCUGCUGUACAAAGAAGUACUAUUUUUGCAACAAGUACUCCCAUUACUGGACAAAGAAAUCUAUUACAGCCGAAUCGUAUAUCACCAAGUAAUCAAACAAAACAGCGCACGAAUGACAGACCACAACUUCCUAACUUAUUUACUAAUCCUGCCAAGUCUACGCCAGUGCGUAGUUCGAAGUCUACUCAGAAUAAAAGUAAUUCAUCUAUGGGCCAAAAUGGCAGCGACACGACACUUGAAACGACGAAUGAUCCUGUGGACAUGUCUUCGCCUUAUUCUCCGGGCUCAAGUCUCAGUGAUGGAAUUUUUGACCCACCAAGCCCUGGGAACUAUAAUAGUCCAUCAGCGCCUGCCGCAAGUACUAAUAAGAAUAGUACAUCUAAAACGAGCAAACCUGUGGAGAAGAAAGAUGCAUUUGAUGCAUUGUUUGGCACGUCACCAGCAGUAAAAACAAUGGGCAAGGGUAGAUCCAAAAAAGUUUCUGAUAAGGAUAAACGAAAAAAAUCUACAAAUCCAAAAGUUGGCGUUCGUAUGGAUGAAAAUCAGCUUCAGAUUUUAGAUGACCUUCCCAGUUCUGCUGUAGAAAUGCAAGUUAAGGAUAAGUUCCUGAAAAAAUUGAAUCGUCAGGAAAGAGUUGUGGAGGAAGUAAAGUUAGUUCUGAAACCACAUUAUACUAAGAAGCACGUGACGAAGGAGGAAUACAAAGAUAUUAUGCGCAAAGCUGUACCUAAGAUAUGUCAUAAUAAAACAGGUGAAAUCAAUCCGAAAAAAAUAGCACAGCUUAUAGAAGCCUAUGUUAAAAAAUGCCGAGGUGGUAAAAAGAAGACGCCUGGAGUUUCUACAAGCACUCCAGCAAAGGUUUCGAAGCCGGCGAAAACCCUCUGGAGUUGAUCAUAAGUUGAGAACGCUAGAGUGUUAGAUUAUCCUUUGGUGGUAGAAAUCUCUUUAAACCUCGAUUGAAUCGAACCUGUCGUUUGGGUGGUAAGUGCCCCGCAACUCUAAAUAUCUUCCCACCAACGACCGAACAAUGUGUAUUGUGUGUACAUACUUAACUAAUUGAUUGAAUUCAAGCGCAAUAUUUUUAUUUAUCAAAGUAAUAACUUACGCAAAGUAAUUAAGGUUCAUACAUUAUUAAUUAAUAUUAUUGUUAAUUUUAUUGCAUGGACAUACAGUUAAGGGCGAUUAUGCUUAAGAUUAGGAAAUUUAUAAAAAUCUGUACACCAAACAUACCGUAAACAGGGAGGAAACGCUCAAUCAAUUCUCUUAGCAGAUAUGGCAGGUAAAAUGCACUUGGUGUGCAAUUUCAUUUAGUCUGUUUUCAACUGUAUCGCUUCCUUGCACAAGAUCUUUUUAUGUUGUGACGGUUCAUCAACUUAAUUAUCGGAAAUUGUAAUAUUGUCGAUACUGUAAGAUUUGAACUUUUGUAAUUACUUUCAUUGCUUGAGCGUAAGAAUAAUUUCUAGAAAAUAUCAAAAGGUUUUUAUGAGAUCUUUUUCUGAUAGUUUCCUUUACUCCUUCCACUCGUCGAAUCAGUAUAGAUUAAUUUCGCAGAAAACUUAGUACGUGAAGCCUACUGUAUCAAAUUCGUGCUAUUACUCAUGUAUUGUUUUUUUUUUUCUUUAUUACGUGAUGUACGAGCGUUUUUGCGCAACAAUUGUUUAUUAUAAUCACCACUAUACGUUUAUUAAACUUUAUCAAUGUGUCGUAAUACGUUUACAGGCAUGUCAUCACUUUGAGGUAAUAGCAAAUUUAUUUAUAAAAUGUACUCUAGCGAUGUGACAAGUUGUAAGCAUAUAUUAUAUUCAUAAAACCGAGUUAUUGUUUACGUAUCAAUUUAAAUACAACUCAGAACAAAUAAUUCUAGAUUUAAUACUCUUUCGGAUAUGAGAACAUAAAGAAUUUCAUACAGCAGAUAACCGUGAAGUUUUGUUGCAAAAUAUAAGAUAUAGACGAGUGAACGCCAUUCUGUUUAUGAGACAGUUGUUUCAUCGGAUAAAAAUGUGCGUGCGCUAUUCGACCAUGUAAUAAAAAGCAGUGUAAAUUAUAAUGGACUACAGAUUAAAAAUAAAUAUUAUUUAAAAUAAUAUAUGACUGUUACUCUAGAUAUAAUCAUAGCUCGUUCAACUACACAAAUUUUGUAUUAACUAUUGAAACAGCUGUCUGCUAAUUACUUUGAUAAUAUACAGGUAUUACAAUGAAAUGAAAUAUAUCAAUAUGAAUUUUCUAAAUGAGAUACGUUGAGUUAAAUAUUUUACACUUUUUGAUAUUGAAGAACAGUUAUCCUUUUUAUAUAUAUCAUCACGACCCCGAGCUAUGAUCUACAAAUCGUGUUCGACACUGGAAAAAAAUUAUAAAAUAAAAUUUAAUAAUGUAUGCUAUAAAUUUCUAAUAAUUUUUAACAUUCUGUAGCUAUUUCGCGGUGCAUGUUUAUUUCGAAAAAGCGCAACUUGCAUAUACGUCUAUCUUUUAUGAAAGAGAAUGUCUUACUUUUAAGGUGUUGUAAAUAGUUCAUGUGUACAAAAAUUCGCAUUGAAAUACAGCGCUCUUGCAAAAAUAUAUUA